AUGCAAAACCUACUAAACUAUAUUAUCAACCCGCUAAUAUUAAUUAUCCCAAUCCUCGUAGCCGUAGCAUUCCUAACACUACUAGAACGAAAACUACUAGGCUAUAUACAACAACGAAAAGGCCCUAAUUUAACUGGCCCAAUAGGCCUCCUUCAACCCAUUGCAGACGGAGUCAAACUUUUCAUCAAAGAACCAAUCCGUCCAACUUCAUCCUCUACAACACUUUUUAUUAUUAUGCCAACUAUAGCCCUAAUACUAGCAUUAAUAGCCUGAACUCCAAUACCAAUACCCACUCCAAUAUCAGAUAUAAACAUUGGACUUCUAUUUAUCCUCACCCUCUCUAGCCUAACAGUCUAUUCAAUUUUAUGAUCUGGAUGAGCUUCAAACUCAAAAUAUGCACUUCUAGGGGCCCUACGAGCAGUUGCACAAACAAUCUCAUAUGAAGUAACGCUAACACUUAUUCUACUAUCAACUAUCAUGCUUGUAGGAAACUUCUCAUUAUCAACAUUAAUCACAACACAAGAACCAAUUUGACUCGCCGCCCCAACAUGACCCCUAAUAAUAAUAUGAUAUAUCUCAACCCUUGCUGAAACAAAUCGAGCACCAUUCGAUCUUACCGAGGGAGAAUCAGAACUCGUAUCAGGCUUUAACGUAGAAUAUGCCGCAGGACCCUUCGCCCUAUUCUUUCUUGCUGAAUACACAAACAUUUUAAUAAUAAACACCCUAUCAUGUAUAUUAUUUUUCAAUUCAAGUAACACACAAAAAGAAAUCUACCCCAUACUUUUAAUAACUAAAAUUUGCCUGUUAACAAUUGGAUUUCUUUGAGUACGAGCCUCCUACCCACGAUUCCGCUAUGACCAACUAAUACACCUAACAUGAAAAAAUUUUUUACCAUUAACUCUUGCUCUUCUUCUCUGAUAUAUUUCAAUUACGGUAUCAACAGCCAGCACCCCCCCUCUCCUAUAA